AUGCAUUUCUCGCUUAAGGAAGAAAAUUACGUGGUCAUCGAAAACGGAUCGUUCAAGAUAAAAGCCAUAAAGGGCGUCAGUGACACAAAUCGAUUUCCGUCUGUGCCUGGCUAUGUCUGGUUUCGAACCUUAUUUAGUGCGAGACUAAUUCCUACUAAAGUAGGUCGUAAGAUUGAGGACCAGGAAAACCAGAAUUCUGAGGCACAAAUAGAAGUCAUUUCGAGUCCAGAUAUUUCGGAGCCAAACUCACCAAACAGUAGCACACUACCCAAAAGGAACUCCAAAGAACCAAAGUAUAUAUGCGGAGCACAACUAGAAGAAGCCAAGGAGAAAUUUGCGGACAAUUUUCAGAUUACGUACCCGAUCAAACGCGGCGUUAUACAAAAUUGGGAAGAAUUGGAAGCCUUAUGGCGACACAUUCUCUUGAAGGAACUAAAUAUUAAAAGAGCACGCAACGAAUGCCCCGUACUGGUAUCAGUUCCUAAUAGUUGGAAGAGAGAUGAUUACGAACGCAUCACACAGCUAUUCUUUGAGACCUUCAAUGCUCCUGGACUUUAUAUCGCCAAUCAAGCGCUGAUGACGAUGUACGGAUUUGGAAGUCUUACUGGUCUAGUGGUUGACAUUGGAUACGGAAAGACCGAGAUCACGCCGGUCAUUGAUUGUUCGGUCCAAUAUCAUGCAGCCCAAGUAAUACCCAUAGCUGGUCAGGAUUUUGAUGAAUAUUUUCUCUCGUUACUUUUAUCUGACAGUAAAUUUAUGGAAGAAUAUGGUGACACGCCUGAUCUUGAAUUUGCAAGAGCCAUUAAAGAAACGGACAUCUGUGAGAUUCCGGAAGAUCCUUAUCAAAUCGAUAAUGAAAAAUUGGAGAGGAUGGAGGUGGAUUAUCUUGAGAAAAAGGUUUACGAGCCUCUUUUCAACCCACAACUUAUUAAUAGACACGGAAUUCUUUCGUUGCCCGAGGCCAUCAGUUUGGCAAUAUCUUUGUGUGAAACAGAUAGACGAAAUAUACUAUGGGAGAGUAUUACUGUGACAGGUGGAUCAUCGCUUGUAAAAGGUUUUAAAGAACGUCUCGAAACCGAACUACGGUUAUAUCUAUCUGCUUCGGAAAAUUAUGGAGAUUUCCAGGUCAAAGAAGUAAAAUUUUUGAAGCUGCCUGAAUACUUUACCAACCUGAGAGAGAGACCAGAUUUGGGAGGAUUCCUCGGUUCCUCGAUCACAGCUAAACUUUCUUUUCCUGACCCUAAAGGAUUUAUCAACAAAGUUGACUAUAACGAACACGGGCCAAGCGUGAUUCAUACCAAGGGCUAUUGA